CUAGUUCGUCUGCUUGUUUUGAAACGAUGCGAGAAGAGCAUGGAUUUGUUCAGCGCGGGAAGUGAAGUUCAAUAUUUUAUCGAAAAAUAAGUGCAAAAAAUUGGUAUUGAAAGUUGUGAAGUACAAAAAAAAAAAAAAAAUGUGUGAUUCAGAAGAUGAUUUAAGUUCUAUGUCUACUGUCCCGUAUGAGUACGACGAAUCUGACUGCUCAGAUAGUAUAUAUGAAAAAGAAACUCAAGCCAUUGGAGAACUCGAAAACGUGGAAAGGAAUAAAGGAAAGUCACAAAAAGAUAAUAGAUACAACUCUGAAAUCGAAACUGUGCUUUAUAGUGGCCCAACACAGCCAUUAAAAUUAAAGGAUUCAGGAUUAAGAUCUAAUUCUUCAACAACAACUGUGGGGCAAUCUACUUCAUCAGAAACAAAACAGAUUGUUGAUUCAGAUUGUGAAACAAUACCAGAAUCUCCUGUUAUAACUAAGGAUGAUGAAAUUGAUUUCCAAAAACUAAAUUCAAGACCAGCCAGUUCUGCAAGUUCACUUACGGAUGACGACAGAACUCAGCUUCUUCCUCUGGUGCAUCAAGUGAACACUUUUAGUAGCACAACUCAGCCAAAUUGCAUAAGUCCUGAGAUUCCCCUAUAUGAAGGUCCAACACAACGACUAUCAAUCAAAAGUCACAUCACACCAAAUUCUUCACAAGAAGACGUUGCUUAUGCUUCAAAAGCUGGACAAAGCAUAGACAUAUCUGAUUUUGAUACUCUUCCUAUAUCUCCAAAUUAUUAUCCAGAAGUACCUUCUCCAGCUGGCAGAAGAGGUAGUCCAGAAAGAGAAUAUACCAGAAGUGAAACUCCCAUGUAUGAUGGCCCCACUCAACCCCUGCCAGUUAGGCAUAAUACAAAGUUGACGGAAUGUACAAGAAGCGAAACUCCCAUGUAUGAUGGUCCCACUCAACCCCUGCCAGUUAGGCAUAAUACAAAGUUGACGGAAUGUACAAGAAGUAUAACUCCCAUAUAUGAUGGCCCCACUCAACCUUUACCAGUUAGGUCUAAAACCAAACCAAAUUCUGCUCCUAAAGAUACUUCAUUGACAGAAUCUAUUCAAGAUGUACCAUCUCCAGUCAGGAGAACAAGUGCUUCAAGUGAUAUGGAAAUUGAAGAAGAUGACAGUGAUCAAACUCAGGUAAUUCCUGACUUGAUACAUUCUUUCGAACGAGGCCCUUCCUCCGCUGCUACAGUCAUCACGGACGCUGAAAACGAUGAGCUAUCAGAUUGCGAAACUUUACCUUCCUCUCCUGUUCACCAUCUGAAUUCCACGGUAGAAAUCCCUUCUACGCAGAGUACGGAAGAUAAACGUCCGCUCCGAGGGGGAGAUGUUUGGGGUGCUUUGAAAAAAGUUGACAACUGGGAUUCUGAAACUGCUGACUCGUGUCCUUUAUCCCCGGAUCUCUUCGAUGUUUCUUCACCUUGUGCCGAGCUGGACACUGUUCAAAAUUCAACCAUCGAAUCUGAAAAAGAUAAAAAUGACGAUCAAAAUCCAAGCAAUUCAAGACGUGAUCCUACCACUGAAAUGGACCGAGCAACGAUACCAGAAUCGCCCGUCUUUGAUUUCUACGAUUCUCAUAACGAACAGGCAGACGAUGAGACGCAAGUCCUUUCUCCCCCUGUAUUCCGUGAUCAAGGAUCGCCAGCUUUUGUCGCCGAAACUCCAUUCGUUCCCCAUACGACGUCUGGAAGGGUCUCCGAGGAGAUGCCCAUUGUGGCCGAAACGCCUUUUGUGGUUGAUGACUUUGAAUCACCAUUAGUUAGCGAUGAAACCCCACGAAAAAAAAGGAAAAUUGUUCGACGAUCUGGCCAUGCUUGCCGGCAAUUGUUGCCUGAGAAAAAUUUAUCCAUCGAUCAUAGAACAUCUACCCCGCAGGAUAUGGACCUAGAGUCAACUAAAGGGGAUGAAGCAAUGCCAAUCGAUGACGCCGCCUCCGUUGAAAGUGAUUUUGAACUCACUUUUGCUUCGCAUUAUUCGCCACUGCCCACACUAGCAGCAUCCGCAUCAUCUACCGAGCCUCCUUUUCUUGGCUUCGAAGCCAUUGAAGUGGAAGUUCCAACCACUCAUUUGGAGCAAAUUCGGCAAGUCAUUGACAACGAUCAAAUGGAAUCCGUGGAAGAAGGAAACGCCGCAGAAAAGGUUUCAGCUCAAUUACCACCGCCUACAGCACCAGUUGAGAUCACGGCAAUAGCUGGUCCUAGUACUGCCAAAAUACCGACUCCUAGGCGGUCAUCUCGCAGGCCUGUCCCCAAUACCAGAAGAACGUUUGAUAUUUCCGAGCCGAAUCUGGAACCUGUUGCGACCAAGAGACGACCAGGCAGACCUCCCAAAGCAGCAAACAAAAUCGAAAUACAGUCUUCCAAUGAAUCGGAUGCUUCUGAACCUGUAACAGCGAUUAAACGACGACCGGGCCGGCAAGCCAAGGGAAUAAAAGUCGAAGUAAAGUCAUCUGAGAACAAUGUUUCUGAACCAGUUGUUACAGCGAUUACACGAAAACCAGGCCGGCAAGCUAAAGGAUUAAAAGUGGAAGUCAAAUCAUCCGAUGAAGAUGUUUCUGAACCAGUCGUUACAGCGAUUACACGAAAACCAGGCCGGCAAGCUAAAGGAUUAAAAGUGGAAGUCAAAUCAUCCGAUGAAGAUGUUUCUGAACCAGUCGUUACAGCGAUUACACGAAAACCAGGCCGGCAAGCUAAAGGAUUAAAAGUGGAAGUCAAAUCAUCCGAUGAAGAUGUUUCUGAACCAGUCGUUACAGCGAUUACACGAAAACCAGGCCGGCAAGCUAAAGGAUUAAAAGUGGAAAUCAAAUCAUCCGAUGAAGAUGUUUCUGAACCAGUUGUUACAGCAGCAGUUAAACGACGUCCAGGUCGACCACCCAAAAUCGAGGCUUCGAUUCCGAAGGAGCCCAGUGAAACCAUGAAACCAGUUAUCCCAAAGGCAUCUACGUCGGUGCUCUUAUCUGAUGCAGCUGAAUCGAGUGAAGAAAACCGAGCUACAAACUUACGAACCAGCCGAAAGACUCGCGUUGGACGAAAAGAAAAGGAUGUGGCAAGUGUCAGUGUUGUUGAACCCCCGACUUCCCCACUGUUGGCCAAAAGGACACCACGAAACCAAGUCAAGAAAGAAUUGGCAGAUGGUUCACUUCUUGAAAGUGCCUUGAAUAAGACAACAGUUGCAGCGCAGCGUCGAAGUAGACGUAGCGUCAACAACAACAGGGACGACUUGUCCGUGACAUCCUCCGUCGGAUCCAAUUCACCUUCAAUCCAAGAGGCAACGCGCAGGCGGAAGCGAGCAUUGGCGGGCCAGGUUCGAGUCCUCUUCACUGUCAUCAAUGACGACGGCGAACACGGCAAAAUUGUUGAAAGUCUGGGGGGUCGUGUUGUCACGACAUUUAAAGAUUGCUCCGUCUUGGUUACAGACCGCGUUCGCCGUACCCUCAAGUUCCUUUGCUGUGUCGGUCUGGGCACUCCCAUAGUUGGUGUGGAAUGGUUAACCACGUGCCGUACCAGUCGAAAGUUUGUUGAUCCAUGGCUUCACUUGCUCAUCGACAAAGCGGGCGAAGAAAAGUUUGAUUUCAAACUUUCCGCAAGUCUCGAAGUCGCCAAAGAGACCCCCCUUUUGUCCGGCUGGAUUUUCCACGCCACUCCAUCUGUGUUGCCAAAGCCGGUUGAAAUGCAAGAAAUUGUCGAGUCUUGCGGCGGAAUUUAUUUCGAAGAGAGCGACAAUUCGGUAGACGACAACAAGAUCGUCAUCAGCUGCGAAUCAGACAAGCAACUGUGGCCCAAAUGGAAGAAGCGAUGCGCUACACUGGUCGACAAAGAGGCUAUCCUCAGUGGCGUCCUGCAGCAAGUCUUCGAGCCAGACAAAUUCAAGUUGGACGUCUAGAUGGCCCAAAUCAUAUCAAACGCCAACUCGAAACGUUUUCCCAUAAUAUCGACACUUUCUCCCGCUUCCCCUUCCCGGAUUUUUCUUUCCAGUUGAUAAUGGUAUUAUAUAGUCCUUCUAUUCUUAAUAUUUUUUGGUUCUCUUUUUAUUGAGCCUUGUACUACUACACUCCCAAUGUGUUCGUUAAUAAUUCUGUCGUGUCUUAACGAGAAGGAGAAGAAGAAAGGUACAACAAUACUUUGAUUAAAGGCUUAUACUUAUGAUAA